UUUGUCUAGUAUAAAGAAGCUUUUCGACUCUAAAUCACUUCGAAUUAGCGCAAACUUCAAGCAUCAGAAAUACAUCGGAUUUGUAAAGAAAGAUGGGGGCUAAUUUUUCUACUGAAUAUGAAGCCACUGGACCAGCAAUGAACAAGGGCCUGAUUGUUCCAUCCAGUGGAUCAUCAGCGAACACCGGUCGGGGCAUUGUAUCCGAUGGAUCAUCAGCAAACACUAGUCGGGAUAUUGUAUCGAAUGAAUCAUCAGUAAACAAGGGUCGGGUUAUUGCAUACCACUCCUCCUCGAAAUGGAAGAUCCAUUUUGAAGCCUCAAAGCUGACUUCAAAUCUAAUGGUCAUUGACUUCACGGCUUCAUGGUGUGGACCUUGCCGAUACAUGGAACCUGCCAUGAAUGAAUUUGCUACUAAAUAUACAGAUGUUGAGUUCAUCAAGAUUGACAUUGAUGAGUUGGAAGAUGUGGCUCAGGAAUUUGAAGUUCAUGUUUUGCCAACUUUCUUGCUGAUAAAGAAAGGAAAAGAAGUUGAUAAGCUUGUUGGAGCCAACAAAGAAGAACUUGGGAAGAAGAUCGAGAAACACAGGGUCUGAUAUGACCCCCACCCUACACCACACUCCACCCCAAAGUCUUGUCAAGGGGUUUUCCAACAACUCCAUUAGGGUUGAUGAUUGGUCAUUAGUUCAUGUAUUAGGGUUUGGUAUUUGAAAAUAAAGAUGAAUGAAUAUUGCUAAAUUUUAAUGUAGGAGAAUGUAAUAAUAAUUUCUGAAUCCAAUGACUUCCUUGGAAAUCAUGGCACGCGUAUUUUUAAAUACGUUAAGUGCUAUUUCAG